UACCGACUGACAGAAUACCCUAUCCUCCUACAAACACUCACAGAUCCGGCCGGAACUACCUCAGAACCCACCCUGGACAGCGCGGCUUAGACUGGGAAGGGCUGCGCGCUCUGAGGGAUUGCCAGCACAUCGGAAGGGGCCCGGAGCUGGGGGAGGAGAUUGGAGGGAGAGGUAAUCCCUGGCGUUUGAGCAUCCCUUUUUUAGAAAGACGGAGUCUCUCCCAGGACAGCUGCUGCGGUCACACCACAAACUUAAAAGCCACCCUUCUGCUUGGAGCGUGCCUUUCCUCACCAAGCUCUCUGGCAAAAGCGCUUACUGGCGGGCCGCCGUCUGCGCGGAGAGAAGGUCGGGGGACAGGAGCGCCCCCUGCCUUCCCGCCGGGCAGUAACCGCGGCCUCCGCGCUCCGCCAGGGCCGCCGGCACUCCGUGGUUCAGCCUGGGCUGCAGCUCCUAAGAACUCACGCCUGUGCCUGGGGUCGCUGUCCUCUCGGCCUCUGCCGGCUGUCUGUCCUCUCUCCUGAACCAGAGUCCCGAGGAAAGGAAAAGCGACCCAAGUUGCUAUCAGGAAGGGUGAGUUAACAGUGUUUGAAAGGCAAUAUUUUCAUCAUGAAUGUCAAUAAAGAUGAGAACCCAAGGUUCAGAAGUCAAGAUCUUCACUUUUUUCAUGCUUGGAUGAUGCUAAUCAUGACGGUGCUGUUUCUUCCUGUCACUGAAACAUCGAAACAAAAUAUUCCACGGCUCAAACUAACCUAUAAAGACUUGCUGCUUUCAAACACCUGCAUCCCUUUCUUGGGGUCAUCUGAAGGACUAGAUUUCCAGACUCUGCUUUUGGAUGAGGAGAGGGGCAUGCUGCUGCUAGGAGCCAAAGACCAUGUCUUCCUGCUCAGUCUGGUCGACUUGAACAAAAACUUUAAAAAGAUUUAUUGGCCUGCUGCAAAGGAACGCGUGGAACUAUGUAAAUUAGCUGGGAAAGAUGCCAAUACAGAAUGCGCAAAUUUCAUCCGAGUACUUCAACCCUACAAUAAGACUCAUGCUUACGUAUGUGGAACUGGAGCCUUUCACCCGCUGUGUGGAUAUAUUGACCUUGGAGCCAACAAGGAGGAACUCAUAUUUAAACUAGACACGCAUAACUUGGAGUCUGGCAGACUGAAAUGCCCCUUUGAUCCUCAGCAGCCUUUUGCCUCGGUAAUGACAGAUGAGUAUCUCUACUCUGGAACAGCUUCUGAUUUCCUUGGCAAGGACACUGCAUUCACAAGGUCCCUUGGGCUGACACAGGACCACCAUUACAUCAGAACUGACAUUUCAGAGCACUACUGGCUCAAUGGAGCAAAAUUUAUUGGGACAUUCCCCAUUCCGGACACCUAUAACCCGGAUGAUGAUAAAAUAUAUUUCUUCUUCCGGGAAUCAUCUCAGGAAGGCAGCACUUCUGACAGAAGCAUUCUUUCAAGAGUUGGAAGAGUUUGUAAGAAUGAUGUAGGUGGGCAACGGAGUCUAAUAAAUAAGUGGACUACUUUUCUUAAGGCAAGACUAGUUUGCUCAAUUCCUGGAAGCGACGGCGCAGAUACUCAUUUUGAUGAGCUUCAGGACAUAUAUUUACUCCCUACAAGAGAUGAAAGAAAUCCUGUAGUUUAUGGAGUCUUUACCACAACCAGCUCCAUCUUCAAAGGCUCUGCUGUCUGUGUAUAUAGCAUGGCUGAUAUCAGAGCAGUUUUUAAUGGUCCUUAUGCUCAUAAGGAAAGUGCAGACCAUCGUUGGGUACAGUAUGAUGGGAGGAUACCUUAUCCCCGACCUGGUACGUGUCCAAGCAAAACCUAUGAUCCACUGAUUAAGUCCACCCGAGACUUUCCAGAUGAUGUCAUCAGUUUUAUAAGGCGGCACCCAGUGAUGUACAAGUCAGUUUACCCAGUGGCGGGAGCACCAACCUUCAAGAGAGUCAAUGUGGACUACAGACUGACACAGAUCGUGGUGGAUCAUGUCGUCGCUGAAGAUGGACAGUAUGAUGUCAUGUUUCUCGGGACAGACAUUGGAACAGUCCUCAAAGUUGUCAGCAUUUCCAAGGAGAAAUGGAAUAUGGAAGAGGUGGUACUGGAGGAGCUUCAGGUAUUCAAGCACCCAACAGCCAUCUUGAACAUGGAGUUGUCCUUGAAGCAGCAACAGUUGUACGUUGGUUCCUGGGAUGGAUUGGUUCAGCUCUCCUUGCACAGAUGUGACACUUACGGGAAAGCCUGUGCUGAUUGCUGUCUGGCCAGAGACCCUUACUGUGCUUGGGAUGGAAAUGCUUGCUCUAGAUAUGCACCCACUUCCAAAAGGCGAGCUAGACGCCAGGAUGUAAAGUACGGGGACCCAAUCACUCAGUGCUGGGACGUAGAAGAUAGCAUUAGUCAUGAAACAGCUGAUGAAAAGGUGAUUUUCGGAAUUGAAUUUAAUUCAACCUUUUUGGAAUGUAUACCUAAAUCCCAACAAGCCUCUGUUGAGUGGUACAUCCAGCGUCCAGGAGAGGAGCAUCGGGAGGAGUUGAAACCCGAUGAAAGGAUCAUCAAAACGGACUACGGGCUACUGAUUCGAAGUCUGCAGAAGAAGGAUUCUGGGUUGUAUUACUGCAAAGCACAGGAGCACACUUUCAUCCACACCGUGGUGAAGCUGACUCUGAAUGUCAUUGAGAAUGAACAGAUGGAAAAUACCCAGAGGGCAGAGCACCAGGAGGGGCAGGUCAAGGAUCUAUUGGCUGAGUCACGCUUGAGAUACAAAGACUACAUCCAAAUCCUUAGCAGCCCAAACUUCAGCCUGGACCAGUACUGUGAACAGAUGUGGUACAGGGAGAAGCGGAGACAGCGCAACAAGGGCGGCCCAAAGUGGAAGCACAUGCAGGAAAUGAAGAAGAAACGGAAUCGACGACAUCCCAGAGACCUGGAAGAGCUUCUUAGAGCCGUGGCUACAUAGUUUUCUAUUUAAUUUAAAGAGAGAAUUAUUUACUUGUUUGCAAAAUACUGUCUUCUGUUUGGUACAUCCCUUAUUCUAAUUCAUACCUGCUUCCCAUGAUGUCUCACUGGGGCACAGAAUGAUAUGCUAAAUAAGACCGUCUAUGG